AUGUGUCUCGGCAACUUCGGCAACUUAGUGUUGCGUCUGUUCGAGCAUACGAAGAACACCUCACAUAUUGAGGAAGCUAUCAUUGCUCACGAAGGGGCCCUUGCCCUCGCUCUUAAUGCACACCGGAAAUAUGGCUCUCUCAGGCAUUCCAAUGAUCUCCAACUCUCCUACCUCGCACAGGCCGAAUAUUUCGGUAACAUCCUCGUCAUCGAUCAGGUCCUCCUUACCCAGCGGAUUGCCAUUCUCCUCCUUCCUAAAGAUCAUCCGUACAAAUUUCAAUAUCUCAGCUAUUUCGGGCGGUCAUUACUGCGUCAUUUUGGGCGUACGAUGAAUCCCUCCUAUGUUGAGGAAGCUAUCGCCGUUCACAAGCAGGCCCUUGCACUCGUUUUUGACAGGCAUUCUGCCGAGUCCAGGAUCCUCCACGACCUCGGAUGCUCCUUCCUCGCCCGAUUCGAACAUUUCAGCGACAUCCUCGACAUCAAUCAGGCUCUCUCUGCACAGCAGAGGGCCAUCGAGCUCACCUCUGAUAUUCAUCCAGACAAGCCUAUGUAUCUCGGCCACUUCGGGCGGUCAUUCCUGCGUCGAUUCGAACAUACGAGGGCUGCCUCCGAUGUUGAGGAUGCUAUCGACGUUCACAAGCAGGCUCUUGCACUCACUCCUGAUACGCAUCCGGAUAAGCCUAUGUUUCUCAACGACCUCGGACUUUUCUUCCUCUUGCGGUUUGAACAUUUGUUCGACAUCCACGACGUCGAUCAGGCCCUCACUGCUCAGCGGAAUGCCAUUGCACUCCUUCCUGAUGAUCAUCCGGACAAGCCUAUGUAUCUCUGCAACUCCGGAAGGUCCGAGUCAUUGUUGCGUCGGUUCGAGCAUACGAGGAAUCCUUCCGAUAUUAAGGAAGCUAUCGUCGCUCACCAGCAGGCCCUAGUACUUCUUCCUGCUGCGCAUCCAGAUAGGCCCAGGCACCUGAAUGACCUCGGAGUUUCCUUGCUCUUGCGGUUCGAACAUUUCUUCGAUCUCCUCGACAUCGAUCAGGCCCUCACUGCCCAGCGGAAUGCCAUUGCGCUCCUUCCUGAUGACCAUCCAGACAAGCUUAUAUAUCUCAGCGACCUCGGACGGUCGUUGCUGCGUCGGUUCGAGCAUACAAGGGAUGAGUCCGAUGUUGAGGAAGCUAUUGUCUUUCACAAGCAGGUUCUUGCAUUCACUCCUGUCAUGCAUCCUGACAAACCCAGGCGUCUGAAUGACCUAGGACUAUCAUUUCUCGCCCGGUUCAAAUGUUUCGGGGACGUCUUCGACAUCGAUCAAGCCCUCUCUGCUCAGCGGCGCGCCAUCGAGCUCACUUAUGAUAAUCGUCCAGACAAACCUAUGCUUCUGAUUGACCUCGGACUUUCCUUGCUCUCCCGGUUCGAACGUUUCGGCAAUAUCCUCGACCUCGAUCAGACCAUCUCUACUCAGCAGGAGGCCAUUGAGCUUACUCAGGACAGUAAUCUGGACAAGCCCAUGUAUCUCUCCAGCAUCGGACGGUCAUUUCUGCGUCGGUUCGAGCAUACAAGCAAUUCCUCAGACGUCGACCACGCUAUUUCUGCUCACCGACAAGCUAUUUCGCUUACCCCUGAUGCGCAUCCUGACAAGCCGGGUCUGCUCAACCAACUGGAAAUUAUACUCCGCUCACAAACCGACCACUGUUCUGAACUGGAAAUUAUACUCCGGUCACAGACCGACCCUUCUGACCCAUACGACGAUGUCGAGGGUUAUGAUACUGGGUUACUAUCGGAAGGCGAGUCCUCAGACGAGUCUCUCGAUGAAUAUUUCGGUGUCCAAUCGUUCACCGAUUAA